GGAUGAAUGUCUUCACAUAUAAGUACUGCCCUUCCUUUCCUCUCUGAGUCCAUUUCCACAACAACUCGCCACCUCCUGUUCCAUACUCCAUCAUCGUUGCACUGUCCAAUCCCCGCUUUCCCGAAUUCUAUCUAUCUACCCUCACUGCCUUACCCCAUCACCUUCGCACAAUGAAGUACACAUUCACUGCUGUUGCCCUUGCGGCUCUCUCCCUUGCUAGCCCCGUCCCGGAUGCGGCCGCUGCAUCGCCCCCGUCGUUCAAGAUCACGGACGUCAUUCACGGUGGCUCUGGCUGCCCCCAGGGCUCCAUUGACAUCGACUUCAGCGACAGCAAGAUCCUUCCCAUCCGCUUCAGCAAGGACUUCACCGCCUCCGUUGGCCCCAACGUCCCUGCGGAGGAAUCCCGCAAGAACUGCCAGCUCAACAUCGCCCUCAAGUACUCCCCCGGCUACCAAUACAGCGUUUACAGCGCCGACUACUCCGGCUGGGGAGACCUCGAUGCCGGUGUCAAGGGCUCCGUAAAGGCAAACUACUACUUCUCUGGCGAAACUGCACAGUGUUCCACCGAGCUCGAACUCAACGGCCCCUUCAGCGGCCGCUACACCAAGCACGACGACGUCCAGCUCUCCGUCUGGUCGCCCUGCGGUGGCGACUCGGCGCUCAACGUCAAUGCCCAGGUUGCGCUGACGCCUCUGGGCAAGGGCGCGGGUACUUUGGUGGCGGUCAAGGAGAGCGCCAAGUUCACUCACUCCCUCUACAUCAAGUGGAGGCAAUGCUAGAUGUGAGCACUGGUGAAUCGGGGUGGUGUUUUAG